GCGGGAACCAGGCUGAGGUGGCCUCUGGGGAGCAGAGCUUGGUCCGUGUGGGAGAGACUGGCCGGCUGGGGAGCCGGGAACGCACCCCGGGCAAUGCCGCCGCUCGAGCUUUGUGGUAAAAGUGCCCCGUGGCCGGUGGGAGAGGCUCCACAGUGGGCCUGGCCAGCUGGUCCCUACCGGGACGCCCCUCGCCGCUCUCAACAGGGCUUCACGGCGGAAAGGAGUCAGCAGGCGGUGUGUGGACAUCGCGUGCGGCCUUGCGUUUGCUCCUUGAGCCAUCAGCGGCCCCGCGAAGGGGCAUCCGAUGGACCCGCGGUCCAAGCUCGGCUCUCUUGACACAUUUCCUUCAGUAAGAAGUGACUCCUGAAGCUCUGCAAAACCAGCGUUGUGUGAUUUCACGGCGCCAUGACUGCAAAAGUGGUUCCAAUGCCCCUAAAGUCAAAGCGGUCCUUUAUACUGAGAGUUCCUCCAGACUCCAAACUAGGACAAGACCUACUUCGAGAUGCUACUGGUGGGCCCAAGACCAUCCACGAGCUGGUUCUGGAGCACUUUCUCACCUUCUUGCCAGAGCCAAGCCUGGUCCAGCCCAACGAGAAAGUCAAGGAGACCUUGGUUAUUAUGAAGGAUAUGAGCUCAAACUUUCAGAACAGACUGCAACCUCAUCCUAUGGUGAAGCUUCUGCCCUGGAAAGGGAUCCAGCAAAAACAGGACACUGUGUCUCUGUAUUUGAAAACUGUCCCUGAGGAACUGGUGGUCUUUGAGGAUUUGAAUGUAUUUCACUCUCAAGAAGAAUGUGUGAGCCUAGAUGCUACUCAACAGCCCACCUCAGAGAAGGAAGACAAUAUUGGGGAGAUGAUGUUACUGGUCAAUGAUGUUAAUCCUGAGAGUGAAGAUCUUCAGAAGGAAACUGUAGAGAAUGAAAAUCAUAGAGAAAAGGCUUCUGAUUGUAAUGAAGUAGAUUGUUCUGUGGUCUCUGAGCAGUCUCCAUAUUUCCAUAAAGAAAGACUAAAUACAUCUUUUCCAAAGCAAAGGAAAAUUAGAAAUCUUCUAGUUACCAUUGAAAAUGACACUCCACUAGAGGAACUCUCAAAAUAUGUAGAUAUCAAUGUGAUUGCACUUACCCGAAAUCGGAGAACAAGAAGAUGGUACACUUGCCCACUGUGUGGGAAACAGUUUAAUGAUAGUUCUUACCUUAUUUCUCACCAGAGGAUUCACACUGGAGAAAAACCCUAUGACUGUAGUCAUUGUGGGAAAAGCUUCAAUCAUAAAACAAACCUUAAUAAACAUGAACGAAUCCAUACAGGAGAGAAACCUUAUUCAUGUUCUCAUUGUGGGAAGCACUUUCGUCAAAACUCUCAUCGGAGUCGCCAUGAAGGAAUCCAUAUAAGAGAGAAGAUGUUUAAGUGUCUAGAAUGUGGGAAAACCUUCCCAGGGAACAAACAAUUUGUGCUUCAUAUGCAGAGUCAUGAGGCUGUGAGGCCGUAUAGUUGCAAAAAAUGUGGGAGAAGAUUUGGUCGGCUGUCCAACUGUACCCGGCAUGAAAAAACCCACUCAGCAUGUAAGACUGGAAAGCAGAAAUGGGAUCAAGAAAGGUCUGAUGAUCCUGCCUCAACCCGAAAUGUUUUAUAAGGAAUUCUGAAUUCCCAGGCUGUCUGAAAAGAUUACAGAUAUGUGAAAACCUCAUUAUAGCCAAAAUUGGACAAAUACCCAUCUUGGCUGAAACCUCAAAUUUUUAGAAAAUUCACAGGGGAAAACAUCCUCAAGGGCUAUACCUCAGCAUCCACACUUUCUGGAUUAAGGAGCUUUCUUUUGUGAACUUAUACAACAGUGUGUAGGCCACAGAUUUCCUUUCCCAAAAAAGGCUUCAAACAUGAGUCUGGAGGCCACUCACCUGCAAGGUGAACAGAGUGACUCGUGUACGGAAAGUGUAUCCAUCCCCACCCCACCCCACACACACACAUAGGAAUUCACACUUGAGAAAAAAAUAAUGCAAAGGUCCUUAUCUGGAACAGUGUUCCCCUAAAAGAACAAAACUACUGAUUUGUUAUGCCAACAGCUUCUAUUAGCAAUUCACUUAACCUUCUAAGAAUACCCUGUUAAAGCUUAAGUGUUGAAAGGGAUUGUUUACUUUGGAAUAUAGGAAAAUACAGCAUUUGAAUGUCAAAGUCUGUCAUUUUUAUGUGAUCUAAAUUAACAGUUGAUCUCAACAUUUGCAUUUUGUAGUGAAAAGUAACUUUCACAUGAAUACUUUUCACAACAUAAAUGUCUACUGUUCUUACUCUAUUUUGCCCAGCUAUUGCUCAGACAGCUCUCUCAUGCCUUUCCAUUGCCAAAAGAAGUUUGGAUCACUCAGGCCCAGCCACCCAGACCCAAUACUGGAAAAGCUCUUCAGAAUCCUGUCGGUCUGAUGAGCCAAGAAGAAAACCUGGCUACAAAGGAAAUCUAAGAGCCUGAAGAGAAGGAAGACCUUGGCUUAGACCCAUGACUGGUCAAUAACCUUACCAUGUGCUUAAUUUCCCUUGAAGCAGUCACCAGACCCUUGGCAAUGGGUGGUCACUACCUCACAAGCAAAGUGUUUUAUUUUUAUCACUUGUCUCCAGUGGCUUGCUCUCAUUGCCCCUCAAAGAGAUGAGAUCUCAAAGAGAUGAGAUUCCAGUGUCUUCAUUGCCAUGGCUAUUUGUUCUCUAUCACCUCAUACCCAGACUUUCCUGACUUGUCUGCCCAGAGGCAGGGCCAGCGGUGCCUUCACGGAACCGAUCCUGUGGUGUGUUAUUUUAAAGAUUUUUUUUUAUCAAUUUCUCCUUUUCUUUUAGGUUUCUUAAAGUUUUACAUUGGUAUUUUGAUUGAAAUAAGUUAAUCCUAUAAACUAUUGGGAAAACUUGCUACCUUUAUAAAUUUUGUUUCCCAUCAGAAACAUGCCUUUC